AUGGAGUCUCAUUUCGACACCAGCUACUACUAUGGCCACGCCGUCACCGCCGCCGCCGCCACCGCCUACGCGCAUUGUGACAGCCACUACAGCUUCCAACAACACUACGACGGCGGCGGCGGCGCCAUGGACGCCUCCGCCGGCUUCCAGCCGUUCUCCACAUACGAUCCUCACACGUAUAGUGGCGACUACUACUACCAUUCAUCCUCAUCUGCAGCCGCCAGCUGGUCGUCGUCCGGCGCCGCCGCACCCUCCAACCACCACCAAAUGCAGCUGCUGCAUUUCGGCGGCGGCAUGGACGACGAACGCUACAGCUACCAAGCCGGCCAUCAGGCGGCCGACGACGACGCGCCGCUGAUCGGGGUGCGGAAGCGGCCGUGGGGCAAGUACGCGGCAGAGAUACGGGACUCCACGCGCAACGGCGAGCGCGUCUGGAUCGGCACCUUCGACACCCCCGAGGCCGCCGCGCUCGCCUACGACCAGGCCGCCUACUCCAUGCGCGGCCCCGCCGCGGUGCUCAACUUCCGCGUCGAGCACGUGCAGGAGUCGCUGCGCGCGCUGGGCCUCACCGCCACCGGCGCCGCCGCGGGGGACUCGCCGGUGAUGGCGCUCAAGCGGCGGCACUGCAUCCGCAAGCGCCAGCCCCGGAGCAAGAAGGCGGACGCCGGCAAGGAACAGACGACGGCGCCGCCGAGCAGCCACGGGCAUGGCAAGCGAAAGCAGGCUGCUGCUCCGGCUGCUUCCGUGCUGGAGCUGGAGGACCUUGGGGCGGAUUACUUGGAGGAGCUGCUCUCGCUCUAUCCGAUCAAUGAGCUAGGGAACCCAUUCAGCGGCGAUCAUCUGUGUCAUCCAUCAUUCACUGACGCCUGA